AUGACGAAAACACCAGGAAUGAGAAUUGCAUGGCACCAUGCAAAGCCCUUUUACGUAACGUUGUUGUUAGUUGUGUUGUUUUGUUAUACAUUUGAGGUUUCUUAUGGACAAGACUACGACGAAGACCCCAAGACGGUUGCCCCUCCACCCGAGCAAGAAGACUGUAAUGGGAUCUUUCUCACAUACACCUUCAUCAGUCGCGAGAAAGAGUAUCCGCGCGUGAAGAAUGUGACGGCGCAGGCGUGGUCGUUUAAGUCCCAGGCGAUAAUAUUCAAUGCCGGGGUCGAUGAGCUCAAGGCAUGGAAGAUGUUCGUUGGGUUUCAACACAAUGAGAUUUUGGUGACGGCUACCGGAGCCAUCCUUAUGGACUCGACUGAUUUCCCAGCGCCGGUCGGGAACGGGACUUACUUGGUGGGGUACCCAAAUGCGGACUUGAAGACGGCAAUUGAAACCGCCGGGGAUGAGACUCAGAUUCAGGUGGUCGUGGAUUUAACCGGAACACAGUUCGGGGUGAAGCCGCCGGGGGUUCCAAUGCCAAAGACAAUUAGGCUUGAAAAUGAUGGGUAUAAGUGUCCUGCACCACAUCGUCGUGGGGCUAGUGUGAUGUAUGUAUGCUGUAAAAGAGAUCCAAAAUACAAGGCUAAAGCUACUAAAAAGACCAAAUUCUUGCCUCGUCAGUCUGGUGAUCUCUCUUUCUCAUAUGAUGUGCUCCAAGCCUUUCCAGGCAACUAUCUUGCCCAAGUGACCAUCGAAAACAGCCACCCAUUAGGCCGUCUUGAUCACUGGAAUUUAACCUGGGAGUGGAUGAGGGGAGAGUUCAUUUACAGCAUGAGAGGAGCCUUCACUCACAAAAAGGAUGGUGCCACUUGUGUCUAUGGCCCUCCUGCCAAAUACUAUGCAGACCUUGAUUUCUCUCAAGUCAUGAACUGUGAAAAGAAGCCAACCAUUUCUGACCUCCCUCCUUAUUUAAAAAAUGAUAGCAAAGUUGGAAAGUUACCUUUUUGCUGCAGAAAUGGAACCAUCUUGCCCGAAGUAAUGGAUAAGAGCAAAUCAAUGUCUAUUUUUCAAUUGCAAGUCUAUAAGCUACCUCCUGACAUGAAUAGAACUGCUCUGAAUCCGCCACAGAAAUGGGCUAUCAGUGGUGUUGUUAAUCCGCAAUACAAGUGUGGCCCUCCAAUCAGAGUUGAUCCAUCAGAGUUUCCUGACCCAAGUGGGCUUGCGGCUACCACUAGUGCUGUUGCAAGUUGGCAAGUUGUAUGCAACAUUACACGUCCCAAGGUUAAGCAAGCUAGAUGCUGUGUUUCUUAUUCAGCAUACUACAAUUCUAGUGUCAUUCCUUGCAACACUUGUGCUUGUGGUUGUUCUGAAUCAGACACUUGCAAUCAGAAUGCUGCAGCAAUGCUUCUUCCACCGGAAGCCCUUCUUGUGCCUUUUGUAAACAGAACGGAGAAAGCAAAAGCCUGGGCUAAAAUCAAACACAAACACAUACCAAAACCAAUGCCUUGUCCAGACAAUUGUGGGGUUAGCAUCAAUUGGCAUCUUGACACUGAUUACAGGAGUGGAUGGACAGCUCGGAUUACACUCUUUAACUGGGGGGAGUCACCUUUCGAGGAUUGGUACACUGCAAUUCAAAUGAAAAAGGCGUUUCUGGGUUUUGAAAAAGCUUACUCCUUCAAUGGUACCAGCUUACCAGACCUAAAUGAUACCAUCUUCUUACAAGGGUUAAAGGGUUUGAAUUUCUUGAUGGGAGAGACAAAUGGGACUAAAUUGUAUGACCCAAGAGUGCCUGGCAAGCAGCAAACAGUUAUUUCAUUCUCAAAGAAACUCACACCUGGAAUCAAUGUACAACUUGGUGAUGGAUUCCCAACAAGACUUCUUUUCAAUGGUGAAGAGUGUGCGCUUCCUACAGAAAUUCCCCGGCCAGGAAAUUCUGGGCACCAAUCUCAUGUUAAUUUCCUGGCAAUCAUAUUCAUCACAGCUGUGACUUUUAUGCUUAUGACGGAUCACUUCCAUAUAUGAUGAUUUGGGGAUUUUUGCAUGAACUCUUUCCACCUAGUAGGGAGUUUGCUUUGGUGAGAAUUUACAUUUCUUGGAUUUAGUUAAACAUGUUCAGCACCUCCAUGCAACUAAGUACAAUGCUUUCUCUCAUAUCAUAAUUGUUCUGUCUCAGCAUCAGAGGAUGUGUUUACACUUGGGUGGAUGGAAAAUGAGGAAAUGGCACAACUAGGAUUUCAAGGCCUGUUUUAUUAUCAGUUGGUUCCAAUGGCAGAUGCGGAGGAUGUAACAAGUUGAAACAGAAAUUAUGAUAAUCUGUAUGAAAUUAUAACAAGUAGUUUUUAU